AUGGCUACCAAAAGACUGAUCAUCGCCUGGGCAGUAUGGCUUGUGUUGCCGCUGGCGACCAGCCAUCUGAACGUGCUGAUCAGCAAGGCAGAAGUUAUGAAGCUGCUGGGCUUAGACGCGGAGCUGUACUAUGUACGGGACGGUGUGGUGAACAACUACGCCACCGGCUUCAUAGUGCCGGUUCCAGCGCAUAUCGCCGACCUGGAGUUCAUGUGGCAAGCUCUAGGGAGACGACCGCUGCCGUACGUGAUCGGUAUCGAGUACGACGGUAGGGGCGCCAUGCUGCCGCCCCAGGUCAAUAUAUCCGAGCGGGGACUGGUCCCGACUACGCUGCAGACUUUUAGGGUCCGGUUGCCAUGUACUGGAACCAGGAGUGCAGAAAUCUUGGUGACCAUGCAACUCAACAUCUCAUCACCAGAUAGAGCUUAUAAGGACGUCAAGCUUCAGUUCAAGAGGAAUAAGAUUUGUUGGAAAGACACAGGUAACAUUUAG